AGAUGUCGUUUAUCACAGGUGCGAUUCGAAAACAUGGCGUAAGGUGUAACAUCUUUGGAAUGCAAACAAAAACAACGUGAAAAUGGAGCAAUAGAGUGAAUUUAUAAAACCAGGAUUUGUUAAGAUAACUACGUAGUUAAUUUUAUAUUUAAUAUAGUAGUUCCAAAACAGCAGCCAUUGAAGGUAAAGGUAGACCCCGUAACUUCCCAAGUACGGAAGUUGUACGGACACCAAAAAUGACGGACCCCAUUUCGAACUUUAUAAAGAGCAAGAUCCUAGGACUUGCAUCGUUACUCUUGCUGAUCGCUUCCAUGGCUACGAUUACAGCCGUUUUUCUCCCAUUUUGGUUCAGUCUUCAUAUGCAUCUGCAGUUCGUAGAAGAUGAAAAGCCACAGCAGACUUCCAUAGACAGGAGCAUCAACUGUGGACUGUUCUUCUUGGAUGAGAACAGAUUCGUCAACACAAUUAUGCUGGACAAAGCGGACAACACGCAUUUCAUGCCAGCUCUGCUGAGAGUUGCCCAGUUACUGUACCUGCUGGGAAGCAUUGGUAUCGUCCUUUGCUGUGGGUCCGCAUUCAUCCUGGCAUUCAGGCAGUAUGCAACUCCUUCUGGGGAAAUGUUCUUGGCAGCUGGAGCAACUGGAUUUUCUUUGAGCCAGGUAAUAAGCUGCAUCCUGAUCCUCCUUCAUAUGGCCUUCUUCAGCUACCAGCCCUGGCAGAACUUCCCCGUGGCCGACUACAUUCCUCUCCGCUUCACCUACUACACCAUCCUCGAAGCUCACCCAGACAUGAGUCUUAACUUCGGCUUCUUCAUCGGGGCAGGGGCGGCUCUCUUCAGUCUUGUUGCAGCUGUAAUGCUGUGGAUACAAGCCUGUUGCACAUACUGCCAUCUCCGGAACGUCAGGUACAACAUGCUGAGGGAGAAACCAGAUUUGGGAUCUAGCCCACUUCCGACCAAAGGCUCCUACUUUAAUCCGGCGUUUGUUCGUACGUCGCCGCAGGAGUAUCCCGCUGUGGUUCAGGCGGCUCCAACACCACAGUUUGCACCGUAUGCACCUCCCACGCAAUAUACGGCCGGCAUGGAGCUGGAUUUGUGAAGCUUUGUAUCUUCUACUGUUAAGUACCUGGGAACAAUAGUGUCAUUCUAUUCAUGACUUGUAAUGUUAUAAAAUCAAGAAUUUGUAUUCUUGACAAUUUAUUUUUUUCAAUUUUGAACAAUGAAUUAUAUCUAAACAUAAUUGGUUAUUUUUUUUUUAUUGGAAAUACAAUGUAGAAAAUAUGAUUAAUCAAAUUAUUUGUGUAUAUUCUGAUAAUGGAAAAAAAUUAAUAUUAAAGUGCUAGUCAAGGAAAAUCAUAUUAAACACAUAUGUAAAUUGUUCAUUAUCUUUGUACAGCUUUUCUCCUACGUUGAGAUUGGUUGAAAAAGGGAAAAAAAUGCUAGACAAUGUUUGUUUGUGCCAUACUUCAACACUUCUGUACAUACAUACCAUUGAAUAUCUCUACAAUUUAAAAGAAUUUGUGUUGAAUUUUAAUUUUUUUUCCUCUUUGGGCAAUCCUGUUUAGCAACAAAAUGGAAGGAAAAGAUGGUAAACUUGAUAUAAAUAUUGACACUGUUUGAAAUUUUUUGACCAGACUCAUUUGAA